UAUUACGCAUUUUUAAUGUUAAACUUCAAUUUGUAUUCUAUAUCAAAUUGCAAUAACAUCUUAUCGUAUUCGUAUUCGCAUUCGUUUAAGAUUUUGACAUUUUUCAAUUUUCCCUUCAGAAUCGUAAACUACCCGAGAAACAGACAGACACGUGAUGGAAUAACGGAUUACGAAGUAAAAGCGAUCAUUGUGAGGGCUUUCCAAAUCUGGAGUGACCAUAUUCCUGUAACGUUUAAAGAAACCACCGAUAUUGCGGAUAUUGAACUGAGCUUUGGUUCGCGGGCUCACGGCGAUCUAUACCCUUUUGAUGGGCCCGAUGGCACACUGGCUCACGCCUACCUCCCUGGAAUUUACGACGUACUACUAGCUGGAGAUGUCCAUUUUGACGAUGAUGAAAGAUUCACUCAGAACUCUUAUAUAAACUACAACCUUCUUCAAGUUGCCGCCCAUGAGAUUGGACACGCACUCGGAUUGGCACAUUCGAACGUCUAUGGUGCACUUAUGUACCCUACUUACAACGGCUAUCAACCCUCAUUUCGCUUGCCCGAUGAUGACAUAAGAGGAAUCCAGGCCUUAUAUGGUUCCCGAACGAAUUCGAACCCGGGCCCGAGACCGACCUACACAUCGGGUGAUACUGAAGGGUGUAAUAAAGCAUUCAGUGCAGUCAAUUUUCUUAGAGGAGAAAUUGUUGGAUUCCAGAAUGAUAGGUACUGGAGAAUAACUCAACCAGGUCAGCUUGUCACCGAUAUUGACGGUGAUCUAAAUGAACAUUUCUGGUACGGUUUACCAGAUAACGUAGAUGCUGGUUAUGAGAGAUGGACAGACAGCACAAUAAUCUUCUUUAAAGGUGAAAAUUACUAUCUGUUCAAUGCAAACACACUAAUGGAAGGCCCCUUACCGAUAUCGUCUCUCACUGUCUCUUCUUCUACUAUACUCCCAACCAACAUCGACGCGGUCUUGACGUUCGGGGAAUAUUAUAAAACGUACUUCUUUAAAGAUGAUUUGGUGUGGCGCUACGACGAAAAAAGGCGAGAAGUAGACUUUGGGUACCCACUCCCUAUCUCGUUGGUGUUUAAGGGAAUUCCUAGUGACUUAUCAGCGGCCUUCAGAUAUAUAGAUGGUAAUACAUACUUUUUGAAAGGAAAGGAAUACUAUCGGUACAAUAAUGUGCGACAGGAGGCCGACUCGGUGGGCUUUCCUCGCUUAUUUGGUGUCGAUUUUAUGGGUUGCAACACAGAGGAAUACACUGCAAGGAACACCGGAACGACUGCCGUUGCUGUAACCAAUAUCUCGUUCCUUGUCGCUUCGACUCUCAUAACUUUAUUUUUUGCAUUCUAAGUAAUAUAUAUUUAAUUAACUGAUCAAUAGAUUAAUCAAAUAAUUAUUCUUAUCAUUAUUGAAGACCACAAUCAAAUUAAUGUAUGGAGCAAAUAAGAACAUGUUUCUCCGUUAUCCAUUUUUAGGGAUGUUUUUUCAAUAGUUAUAUUCGUGCUUAGGUCUAUCAAGGGCCUAUAUUAUAAGCCUAUAGGCGUGUUUUUGUAUGUGUAUAUGGACAUUCAAAGGCAACACGAGAAACAUUUUAUCAGUGGCCUAAUAAUACAAAUCUCCCUCCAAUUAAAAACCAAUUUUGUGGCAGAUGGUGGGGGGCAGGGGGAUUCCAUGGUCUUUAGCAGCUUCGGUUUAUAAUUAGAAUGAUAAAGUUAAUAGGCAUUUGUUAAUUUGGGACCACAAAACGUGGCAUUUAUUGGGGGUUGUCUGUAAUUGGAGGGGGUAAUUAAUUAAUUAGAUUUAUUUAUCCAAUCGUAUUUUUAUGAAUAAUUUAUAAUUUGUUGUACAUUAAGAUAUGUAAAUAUGGAAAAUUAAAAAUGUUUUUCUAUAGAUAGGUGAUUUUGCAGACACUGGUUACAUAAGUAUGAAAUGAUACGUAUUUAUACACAUAUAAUCAAUAUAAUAUUUAAGCGUUUAUGUUUAUUCCUGCUAUUAAAAUAAUUUAAAUUCAGA